GGGAGCAGUGUCGUGCGCGCGCGCGUCCCGGCACCAUGCUAACGUUCGCAUUAGUCUUAUUGGCUAGUGUUGUGAUCGAAGCUCGACCGUUCAAUAUUACCGACCUGAUCAUACCUCAAGUUGUACCACCAGGUCAGGAUGAAGUCGAAAUAGAGUGCAGAUACGACGCCAACUUCACCCUCUUAAGCUGGUUUAAAGGACCCAUCGAAUUCUUCCGAUACAAACCAGGUUCCACCCCAAGUACAAGGUCGUUCCCUAUUCUUGGAGUUGGUAAAAUAGAGCUAGUGGAAUGUGGACCAACGGCUUGUAAACUGAAACUUGGAGCGCUAACUGAAGAAGCUACCGGUCUGUACAGGUGUGAUAUUGAAAGAGAUGUGCCCGAGUAUAAAUUCGAGUCGCGAACAUCAUAUAUGGAAGUGCAUGGACAUAAACAUAGACAGCCGAUAAUAGAAGGAUUAAAUGAAGAAUUUGGCGAAGACGAUGAGAUGCAGGCAUACUGCCGCGGCGCUCCUGAUUCUGAAAUUCGCUGGUACGUAAAUGGACAUGAAGAUGAAACUAUGAGAGGAUCAACAGCGUUUAAAAGGAAAAGUUCCCGAUUAAUCUUCCCAGGCAUACCACCAACUGUAACGCUCCAAUGUGCAGAAUACAGAUAUGGAAAGUUAAAUGGUUCCAAACAACAGAAAGCUAAAUGGAAAGAAAUGCGGAAUGAGGACAAACCCGAAGAACAAAGGGAUACCGGCAACUCGGGUGCAACAUUGUAUUUGAGUGUUAUUUGCAUAUUAUAUACAAUGCUCCUCAAAUUAUUCUAGUUGUGAUUAGUUAUAAAUUUUCAAGAAACGUGUAACCAAAGUUGUGUUCCUUUACAUUUUCAAGUUGUUGUAUGAUAGCGUUUAAAUCGAGAUGUGAAUAAUU